AACCAUGCCAACUAAUGCCAUUACGAGAACAGUCACGAGUAGUAGUUUGAUCAUUUUCAAUUCUGUAUAUGUUUCACAACGGAAAGGUCGCGCUUUUAUAGCACAUUCAAGAGGCGCGGAAUCUUAUCGAAUUUCGUUCAUCACAGAUUAUCUUAUACCUUUGAAGUGUUUGUUACUGAAAUACGUUCUAAUUUGGGUUUUAUUCGUAGAAGCGUUUCAUUAAAAGCCAUCUAAUGACAUUAAAGUUAAUGGAAACAGUCGCUUAAUUUUCUUCUUGACAAGAGGUCCAUGUGCAAAUUUCAUCUGAUUUAAUUUCUGCGUUCACAAACUGAUUAGCAUGCACGUAAGCGCUUGUGCGUCCUGGGUUACACUCAAAUGCUUAAACCCGAAAUAAUUACUACUGAUUUCAUAGUUCCACACCCGUCUGUAGCAACGCAAUUUUGACGCACCUUCCAAUUUGGGGCUUUGGGCACUUUUUAAAAGAUAGUAAAUAAAGCGGCGCAUACAGAAAAUUAAUAUGACUUUUGGCAGUGUACUUUAGACAUUAAGGAUGUAAAAAACUGAAAAACUUCUUUUUUUAUAUUCGAUUUGACCUAGGAAGCUAUUCAGUCAAGAAUUUGGUAACUGGCUUUUCUUGGGAAGCUCUUUUUUUCUCCUCGGUCUAUUUUUAUUUUUAUUCGAUGAACUAUGCAAAAAUAUGCGUAGUGGUCUAUACAAUGGAAUUUUUACCAAAUGAUAAGGUACUACAUAGAUAACUAUUUUUGUUUCAAGUGUUUUGUUAUUAUGAUCGUGAUAUCAGAUUAUUUUAAGUUACACAACCAUGAAAUAAAUAGUACGUGUCCUAUAUUGACGAUGUUGGCUUGUUAUCUUUAAAUCUUAAUUUCAAACUUCUGCCGUUGCAGAAAACGGGAGUGUAGGUAAAGAGGCAGGGUAACGAAACAGGCCCGUGACCAAGAUGAAGUAGCAGGAUUGGCAAGUAUUCUUCUAGGUGGGGCCUUGAAAACGAGGAGUCAGGAGCUGAUGCCCCAAAAUCCUCAACACUUUCGGACUUUCUUCAGUUUUUCGCCAAUAUAUCUCCUACAUAACGCAUCCUAGCGAAAACUUUACAACAAGACCACCUAAUGAAAAUAUCACAAAAAUGUAGUUCAUCGAGUAUUUUUGUUUCCUUUGCCUUUUAUAAGUUAUAACGGAAUUGGGAGAGGGAGGUUAGUAAGGGCAGUUUCUAUCGAAGGACCUCUAGGAUGCGCGGGAGUUUACUUGGAGUUCCGGAAACCCGAGAAAUGCGCACAGAAUGGUUUGGGCGACCCUUGAAAUCCUAAUAGUUUUGAAGCAUUCCUCGUAACACCUUUAAAAAUCCUUAAAGAUUAAGACUUCAAGGCUCGUUUAGAAUGCGCUAAUUAAUAAAGACUAAAACACUCUAGAAGGCUGUUAAAUGCUGUUGAAAUUAUUUUUGUGACUCUUGAAACUUUUUCAGGGAUAAUGAUACGUUUUAAACGCACUAAAAACUCUUCGCGACUCGAAUAUUAAGUCGGUUAAAGCUUUUGAAGAUUUUUAUAAUGAGUCUCAAUCUCAAUUGAUCUUGAAGGCUUUUGAACACUCAUCAAGCUGAACAUUUUUGCUACUUUAUUUGAGAGCACCCUGUGUAUUAGCUUUAAUUAUGCAAAGUAGUUCUUUUAUUUGCGAUUAGUUCUUCUAUUCAAGGAUAGUAGUUCAGCUGUAUUAAAAGUAGUUGUACGUGGGUGGACAAUUUUAGAGUUUUUUUAAAUUAAAAUGUGCAAAUAAUUUAACGUAAAAACAGCAGUACACGCUUAAAUAAGCGUAAUACCUCCCAAAAAAACUUCGGGCUUCAUGAAUUACCGGGGACCUACAUCAAAAGUGAGGUUACGCCAUGAUUUUGAAACUGCAGCGAUUAGUGGCGAAGACUUAUAAGGGCCCGUUAAUUAUUCGCUCGCGUUUGUUGAGCGGAAACCGCCUAUUGAACGACGAUCUUACGCCCGAGGUCAAGCACGAGAUCGAGAAGCGCUGGAAGUCGCGAUUAAAGUUUAGAGAGUACGACGAGAAGUCCGCGCUGGAAAAGUACUACGUGCUCUCGAUGUUUCCGUAUCCCUCCGGAAAUAUGCACAUGGGCCACGUACGCGUGUAUACGAUUAGCGACACGAUCGCCCGAUUUCAACGUAUGAACGGUAAAAAUGUAAUACAUCCUAUUGGGUGGGAUGCGUUCGGUCUUCCGGCGGAGAACGCGGCGAUCGAAAGGAAGGUGGCACCCGACGAAUGGACCGAGCAAAACAUCGCCCACAUGAAGGAGCAGCUGCGUCAGCUCGGCUGUACCUUCGAGUGGAACCGCGAGUUGGCGACCUGCGAUAAAAAUUACUACAAGUGGACGCAGGACCUAUUCCUCAAGUUGUACGACAACGGGCUCGUGUACCAAAAGGAGGCGCACGUUAAUUGGGACCCGGUCGAUCAGACGGUGCUCGCGGACGAACAGGUCGACGAAAACCAGCGAUCGUGGCGUUCGGGCGCUAAAAUUGAACGAAAGCUACUGAAACAGUGGUUUGUGCGUACAACGCGCUUCGCUCGUGACCUCUACGAGGGACUCGACGACCCCGCACUUAGAGACUGGCACGACAUUAUUAAAAUACAAAAACACUGGAUCGGGGAAUGUAAUGGGGUCGCGUUCGAUUUUCCGAUCGUUAAUCACGACCCUCUUCGCCUGUGGACACCCCACCCCGAGCGAGUGACCUGCGCGAAAUUCGUCGCAGUUUCACAAGGACACUCGCUCGCGCGGCACGAAGGGGCGCCACUUACCCCCGGCACGAAAAGACUCGAACUCACCGCGACUAAUCCAUUUAACGGCGACUCACUACCGAUCUUUGUAACCGAUCUGGUCGACUACCACGAAGGUUGUGACACUCGCAUCGGCUUACCGAUAAGCUCCGAGCGCGAUCGGGAAUUUUGCGACCGUUUCAAAAUCGCAUACGACUCGCGAGAUUCGCCGAUCGACGUUGCGGUCGUGUGCGACAGGGCGCGCGAGUUGGGCGCCGGCGGGUACUGGACCAGCGCGAAGCUACGCGAUUGGCUCAUAUCCAGGCAACGGUACUGGGGAACGCCGAUUCCCAUCGUCCACUGCGAAACGUGCGGGCCGGUUCCCGUAUCCCAACUGCCGGUCGAGCUUCCCAAGCUGACCGGCAGGUGUUUGGCCGACGAGUCCGAUUGGGUCAACACGCCGUGCCCCAAGUGCGGAUCGAAGGCGCGACGAGAAACCGACACGAUGGACACUUUCGUCGACAGCUCCUGGUACUACUUGCGCUACCUAAACGUGAAAAAGGACGGCAUGUUCGAUGUCGAGAGAGCGAGGACCAUGAUGCCUGUCGACUUGUACGUUGGUGGAAAAGAGCACGCGACACUCCAUUUGUACUACGCGCGGUUUGUUAGUCAUUUUUUGUACUCGUUGGGCCUGCUUCCUGAGAAAGAGCCUUUCAAGCGAUUAUUGGUACAAGGAAUGGUCAUGGGGAGGAGCUUUCGGAUUAAAGGAAGUGGGCAAUAUGUACAUGGUGAUCGAGUACAAAUUGUAGAUGCAAAACGGCACAAGGCGAUUCACAAAGACACAAAUGAAGCGGUGGUCGUAACAUGGGAGAAAAUGAGCAAAUCGAAGUACAACGGCGUCGACCCCUCAAACAUGUUCGAAGAGUACGGGGUCGACACCACUCGCCUUCUAACAUUGGCCGACGUCGCGCCUACGUCACACCGCAACUGGAACAGUAGCACGUUCCCGGGAGUUUUAAACUGGCAAAAACGCCUCUGGCUGACCGUACAGGAGUUCCUUAGUUACCGCCAGUCGCCACCGCCCACGAUCGGCGACGAGGAGUUCAAGCGACACGACGAUUACCUUUUCGACUCCCGAAAUUACUACGUCAAGGGUGCCAACUUUAAUUUCAACGCCGCCUACCAAUUCAACGUGGUCAUAUCGAAAAUGCAGGGACUGACGAACAGUUUGAGGAAGGUACCGCCGGCGCUCUUCGCGCGCAGUUUGCAGUUUGAGCGCGCGCUGGGCGACCAGCUGAUUAUCAUCGCUCCGAUGGCGCCGCACUUCGCGUCCGAGCUGUGGGAGGCGUACGCCUCCGCCGAGAACCGUCUAAGCAGGGAGGUGCGGUGGGACAAGGGCGUCUUCGAACAGAGUUGGCCAGUCGUCGAUUACGACUACGGUUUAGAUCUCAUCUGUCAGGUGAAUGGCGCCGAGUGUUGCGUGGUGAAAAUUCCCAGGCGGAGAUUAGAGGCGUUGAGCAAAGAGGAGGUUUUGGAAAUCGCGUUGCAACAGAAGGAGGUGGAGGAGGCGUUGCGUAGGAGGCAGUAUGCGAAGUUUGCCUACAGGUUGCAGCCUAGCUAUGAAGGGUUAAUUAAUAUUGUCGUUCCGAAAGGGGCGGAGCCAGUUCCUGUUGUAAAUAAAUGUUAAUGACGUUUUUAUUGUCAGCUCACAGGAUUUUUCACAUUUUCUGUGGGAAAAAUUUUGGAAAAACUGUUUUUGGUUUUAUUUGGAUCAGACAGACAGAUAGACGAACCAGUGAUAAAUAAUUCUAUUGAA